CAUCUGAGGGACAGUGACCUCACCUGUGCGUGGGGGCGGGGUCACGCGGCCUAAGUCUGUUCACAAGGAGACGUGCUUCUCGCUAGACCUCAUUAUCUUCUCUCAACUGUGACUGGGUAAAGGUGAGACGACACUGAUCUCUCCUGUUGACUCAGGACCUGCAGCCAUCGAGAGUCUGGUGACGCCGCCAUCAACGAACACUCGUCACUCUCCGACUGCGUGUGACGCUGAAGUCUUCAAACCAACGAUGUCAGAACAACCUGCCUCCUUGCGCCCUCACCCGAACGAAGACGCAGCUGUUGGAAGCAAGACACGGAGGAGGCCCCGAGGCAAGCGAGCUGGACGAGGCCCGUCCCAGGACACAGCUGACACACCCGCACACCAGGAGCCGUGCAACUCGCUGUCCUCGGAGGGCACCGCCACACCCUCUUCCCAAGGGUCAUGCAACUCGCUGCCAGAGUCGCUGUCUCCAGAGGUCACUGCCACAUCCAGCCCCGAGGAGCCGUAUGACCCGCUGCGAGAUGUGGAGCCUCCAGAGACCAUCCCUAGAUAUGCCUCGGAAAUGUGGCGAAGUCAGAUGCCUGAGAAGGUGGCCCGUGAUCCUUGUGUCAGUGGAUGGUUUGACGCGAAGGUGAAUGGCAUGCUGGACACCACGCCCAUCACCCCUUGGAGCUUGUUCCAUCGCGGCGCCCUCAUCAACAUCGUGGAUGAGAAGGAGACAUACGCUGACGCAGCUCUUGUCCUGGAGCACAUACUGCGCCAGGAGGUGCGCGAGGGGACGCUGCGCCUGGUGGAGUAUUACAACAGCGACGUGGACAAAGCAGGAAGAGACACGGAGAAGAUUGCUAGAGAAUUUGUCAAGAUAGAUGUCUCAUCUGCCACCGCUGCUCCCGACAACCCGCGUCCCCAGGAGUCAGGUGCUGCACGCCGCUAUCGUCACGCCCCAAGGCUCUUUGGCUGCUCCAUCUGUUACGCCCACCUUCCGUCACGCCGCAGUCUGGAGAAGCACUUCCUGACACACGACGACAAGGACGACAUUAAGCUGGCAGUGUGCGCAGCGUGUGGCUUUCCAGCGGCCCAUACCACCAUGUUGGAGUGGCACGUGUUCGUGUUCCACCAAGACGUCGGCAGAAUGCUCGUCAGCCGUCGCUGGCAGCGUCUCCGUCACAAGGACCACAGCGGAUGCUCGUUUUGCUGUAACCCGGACUCUGGCGUGCCGGACGCCGCCUGCCUGCCUUCCUUUCUGUAGGUCCUGUUGGAACUUUACAAAACUGCCGAGACUGACCUGCCGUUCCUCAAAGACAAAUCAGCAGCGCCACCUCAGGGACUGCCAGGCUAGGAGUGUCGCAUUCCCUAUCCAGAAGAGUUUACGCCCUGCAAACCCUGCUCUUCUGCCCGCGUGAUGGCACGCUGACUUCAGAUUGUAUUUUGUUUGUAAGCAACCGACUAAUUAUGAGUUAAACUUGUCAAAUUAUCUUAUAUUUUGAUGACCUUUUGUAUUGAAUGAAUAAAAUGAAAUUAGUUUUA